AAUUGAAAGUUGGAAACAUCUGGUCUAAUUAUAAUAAUUAUUUACACACGAAAUAGACUAAAAAUAGAUGAUUCGGCUGCAACGCAUUUCAGAACUAGUGUAUUUUUAUUUUUUCACAAUGAAGUACGUUUAUUUGGUUUGUGCAUUUUUAAUCCUGCACUUGGCAACUGGCAGGGAAAUCAGCUGCAACGACAAAGAGUUCCUGUGCUAUGACAACAAACGCUUCUACCAGUGCGUCCAGAACGGAGCCUCAAACUACGUGAUUGGAGAGCUCCAAAACUGUCCCGACGGUUUGGUGUGCAACAACGACGCCGAUUUGGAGUGUGACGGAGAAAUAUCUGAUGAAGUGUCGGCCAAGAAGGUCAGCUCCAAACUUCUGGAGGUCAUCGAGAGGCAAGUGGAGGAGGAAAACGAAAACCAGAUAAAAAACUCCCUUUACAAUGAAUUUUGACCGCAUCCAAGCUUUAUUUUUGACGUAGAAUGUUUAAACUAACAGCACAAAAGAUAUUUUUAUUGUUAGUUAUUGUAUAGGAUUGAAGUAAAAGGAAAGAAAUAAUAAAAUUUUUAAGAUGAAA